CUCACAUCACACCAUUUGAAUAAAAUCCCAUUCUGCAUUCGAACACUCUCCUUGCUUUUGCCUGUUUGAUUUGGUUUAGUUUAAUUAUCCCAAUUCUCUGUAGAAGAAGAAGCUUAAAAGCCAUAAUGAGAUUAUUUUUUAUGCUGCUUUCAUCCUCUUUAAUGGCGGUCGUGCUUCGCGCCCCAAACUCCACCGCAGCUGCAGCUGCAACCAAUUUCAGUUCAGCUAUUGGGUGCAAUUUGUUUCAGGGUAAAUGGGCAAUCGAUCCUUCUUACCCUCUGUAUGAAUCCUCUAGCUGUCCCUUCAUCGACCCUGAAUUCGACUGCAUCAAGUAUGGCCGCCCCGAUAGACAGUACCUCAAGUUUUCUUGGAGGCCCGAUUCCUGCAUCUUGCCCAGAUUCGAUGGGGGUCAGUUCUUGAGGAGAUGGAGAGGGAAGAAGAUAAUGUUCGUUGGAGAUUCACUGAGCUUGAAUCAAUGGCAGUCUCUUGCUUGUAUGAUUCAUGCCUCAGUCCCAAAUUCCAAGAUCGAUUAUAUCAGAAAGGAGUCGCUUUCAUCCGUUACAUUCCAGGAUUACGGCGUGUCGAUUAUGCUGUACCGGUCGCCGUAUUUGGUCGACAUAACAAGAGAAUCGAUCGGGCGAGUAUUGAAGCUGGACUCGAUUCAACAGGGCAAUGCCUGGAAAGGAAUGGACAUGCUCGUAUUCAACUCGUGGCAUUGGUGGACGCACAAAGGAAGAGCGCAAUCGUGGGAUUAUAUUCAAGACGGUGCGACCAUAACCAAAGACAUGAACCGGCUCGUCGCGUUCUACAAAGGCCUGACGACGUGGGCUCGAUGGAUCGACCUCAACGUCGAUCCUGUCAAAACCAAGGUCUUCUUCCAGGGCAUUUCUCCGACUCAUUACCAGGGUAGAGAUUGGAAAUCAGUGUCAAAGAACUGCAACGGGGAGCAACAGCCGUUGACAGGGUCGACAUAUCCGGCGGGGACACCGCCAGAAGUCGAGGUUGUCAACAGAGUACUGAGUAGAAUCAGGAAACCUGUGUUUCUGCUCGAUAUUACGACUCUGUCUCAGUUAAGGAAAGAUGCGCAUCCAUCGGCGUACAGCGGAGAUCACUCCGGCGUCGAUUGCAGCCAUUGGUGCCUCCCCGGAUUACCCGAUACCUGGAACCAGCUGCUCUAUGCAGCCCUUGUAAUGUGAUUCAUUCUUAACUAGGAUUCGACUUCUGUCGUUUGUUGUCUGUCUGUCCAUAGCUGCUUAAAUUUUAUUAGGGCUUUCGUGAUUCAACUGUAAAAGAAAUUACUCCAUGAAUGCUCUGCAAAAUGUAUGAAGCUUCUUGAUUCUUACA